GGAGGAGCGGGGGGGGGGAGCCCUGCAGUUCCAGCUAAUUGCUGGCGGACCGCCCCGCGCCUCCAUUUCCUCUCCUUCCUCCGCGGUCCUAGCGCUCCACCUCAUGGAGCCGCAGAGAAAGGGGAAAGCCCAUAGACAAAGGAGAGAGCAGGCAGCAUCCUCUGGAAAGAUGGCUGAAGCAGAAGAAGGAGAAAUGGGUGUGGAAGUGAAGCUGGAGGAGGAGGAUGAAGAUGAAGAGGCUGGCUACGUCCAAUCUGGGCGGCGCUAUAGAUGCCUGACCUGCAGCAAGACUUUUCCUAGCGUGCCACGGGUGUUGCGUCAUUUAAAGUCCCACGUGGCUGGCACUGUGGAUGGUGUAGCUGCCAAACUCACUUGCCCUAACUGCAGGAAAGAGUUUCCUGACCGGGCUCAACUUCGCAAACACCAGCUCAGCCACCAAACAGAGCGCCCAUACCAAUGCCAGCUUUGUGCCAAGGCUUACAAAACCGCCCCUGAGCUGCGUAACCAUGGCCGUAGCCACAGCGGUGAAAAGCCCUUCGUUUGCCGUGAAUGCGGCAAGGCCUUCAUGCAGCCAGUUUGCCUGAGAGUCCACAUGGCCCGGCACACUGGAGACCUGCCCUUCCGCUGCCAGCAGUGCCACAAGGGCUACGGCACUCUUUCCAAGCUGAAGAUUCACCAGCGAUCCCACACGGGCGAGAAGCCAUAUUCCUGCGGUGAAUGCAGCAAGCGCUUUGCUGACCCCUCAGUGUUCCGGAAGCACCGCCGUACCCACGCUGGCCUCCGCCCCUACCAGUGUGAGGUUUGCCACAAGACAUACGCAGAGCUGAAAGAUCUCAAGAACCAUGAGCGCUCCCACACCGGCGAACGUCCCUUCUUGUGCCAGGACUGCGGAAAGGCCUUUUCCCGCUCCUCGUCACUGGCCUGUCACCAGCGCAUCCACGCAGCCCACAAGCCGUACCGCUGCAACCUCUGUGGAAAGGGUUUCACCCAGCUGUCCUCCUUCCAGAGCCACCAGCGGACCCACUCCGGGGAGAAGCCUUUUCUCUGCCCGCAGUGUGGGCGUAUGUUCAGCGACCCCUCCAGCUUCCGCCGGCAUCAGCGAGCCCACCAGGGCCUCAAGCCCUACGCCUGUGACAAGUGUGGGAAGGCCUUCCGCCAACCAGCUGACCUGGCCAUGCACCAGCGCAUCCACACGGGCGAGAGGCCCCACAAGUGCUCCCAGUGCGACAAGAGCUUUGUGGCUUCGUGGGACCUCAAGCGCCACCUGCUAGUGCACUCAGGCCAGCGCCCUCACCAGUGCGGGGAGUGCGGCAAGAGCUUUGCCGAGCGGGCCAGCCUCACCAAACACUACCGCGUGCACUCGGGCGAGCGGCCAUUCAAGUGCGGGCGCUGCGGCAAGGCCUUUGUGGUGUCGUCCAGCCUUCGGAAGCAUGAGCGUACCCAUGGCAAUGAGAACAGCGAUGACAAGGCCGUCUCCCUGGGCAACCAGGACCCGCCCCCUAGUGACCCGUCCGCCAUCGUGGUCGCCACUGUGGUGCCUGCCUGUGGGGAGUGUGGGGAGGCCUUUGCCUCCACCCAAGAACUGCGCCGCCACGAACGCCUGCUGCACCCCGGCCUGCGCCCGUUUCCAUGCCCAGAAUGUGGCAAAGGCUUCUCGGACCGGGCUGGCCUGCGUAAGCACGAGCGGAUCCACUCGGGGGUCCGCCCCCACGCCUGCCCCCACUGCUCUAAAGCCUUCUUGGGUGCCUCGGACCUGCGCAAGCACCUCAAGACCCACGUGGCCCUAGAGAACAGGAGCUCCGACGAAACCGUGAUGACUGCCACCAUCACGACCUACGAAUCCCUCCUCCCUGCUCAUCUCCAUCCCCAUGACGACGGGACGGAGACUGACAAGGAUUCUCCCUCAGACUGCCUGCCUGACCCCCUCACAGAACCUUCUUAAGCUCCGUCUCCCUCCCUCGCCCUGCCUGUGAUUGGCGAAAAAGGAGCCAGCUUGGCUGCUGAAAGCCCUUUGCGUACUUUGAUGAAUGCACAGUCUUGCUUCGUUGACGUAAUGUGUGGACUGCACUCGUUCAGGGCCUCCUAUCCAGCAUGGCUCUCUAGCACUUCUUUCCAAACAGGGCUAGGCGUGCUUCAUCAGUCAGUGUGUGUGGCUACCCUUUCAAACCAAACUCAUACUUCUGAAACUUUGGUGGGCAAAAGGGGCCUGUAUCUUGUGAGAUUGUGCGUGUGUGGAGGUGUGCUUCUGCUGUCUGCAGGGUGAUACACAUUCAUCUGUAAGGUGUUUCUGCAUCUGUUGUGAUCUGCUGGGUUUUUUUUUUUUAAGAAAAAAACCUCCAGGUCCUUUUAAAGGCAAGAAGAAUCAAACUGAGAAAAUCAAGGGAGGAAGCAAAGAACAACUAUCUUUCCUUCCAGGAGAGUUUUACGAACUAUCCAAGGGUUUCCCUGCUUGUAAGAACAGAGUAAAAUAAAUGGCUUGCCUUUUUUUUUAAAGGGGAAAAUUGCCCUGGAUUGCAUGUUUGAGGUGCCAGUUUUUGGCUUGGGGAACAGAAUCCUUAUCUUUUAUUCUCCUUAUCUCACCUAUUGCAAUUUACUUCAUUUUAAGUUUUAUUUUAUUUCUGUAUUUAUUAGAUUUCUAUACCAUUGCAAUCAAAAGCCUCUCGGCAAUAAAGCCUCCUUGACUGCUGAGAAGAGGGUCUGGGAACCUUCCUGCUUUCCUGUUCUUCUCCCACUACCCUUCCAAGACCUCGCAGUCUUGGCCCUUAUACCAUCCAUUAAUGACUGUGAAGCCUCUUAACCCUGGUUGGCCUGCUUGGGGGAAGGUUCACUUGCUCAGGAGCAAAGCUGCCUGCCAGCAUCUUUUCUGAGGGAAGGUAUAUUUAUUACUAUGAAUGGGGUUUAAACCACCCAUAGGAUUCUUGGGAGGAGAUUCUGAGAGGCAGAGAAAUUAAAGAACAGAA